AUGGGGUUGCAAGGAACACGGCUUGGCGCCUUCCGGGCAUACUUCUUCGGAUUUUUUAUCUGUACAGCGGGUUUUCUGUUCGGAUACGACACUGGAAUUGUCGGUGGAAUCCUUGAGUUCAAGUCCUAUGUCGAUGAUUUCGGCUACACGGACCAGACGACCGUCAGUGCGGUGAUGGUCAGUCUGCAAAAUGUCGGCGCCUUUCUCUCUGCCCUGUGUAUUUUCUGGGUAUCUGAGAAAUUUGGACGCAAGAAGACAGUUCAGGCAGCUAUGACUGUAUUUUGCGUCGGUGUCAUUCUGCAGGUCGUACCGUCACACUCCCUUGUUUGCUUUUACAUUGGGCGAUUUGUGGCUGGUCUAGGCCUUGGCGCAGGUACCGCAGUCGUUCCGGCAUACAAUGCCGAGAUGGCACCCAAGGAAAUUCGCGGAAAGCUUGGCUCCGGCAUGCAGUGGCUGUUCGCCCUGGGUGUCAUGCUGAGCUACUGGAUUGAUUAUGGCGUCAAGAUCGGACUGCCUGUCUCUUCAAAGCAAUGGCAGAUCCCAGUCGGUCUGCAGAUGGUUCCUGCUGGAGUUCUAGGCUUAGGUCUUUUUGCCAUGCCCGAGAGUACUCGCUGGCUGGCUAAAAAGGGUCGCUUUGACGAAGCAUUCGAGAGCCUGAAAUGGAUUCGCGCGAGUGAUGGCCCUGAGGUUAAGGCAGAGUUCAACGAGAUCCGAGUCGGACUGGAAGAAGAGUUGCGAGCUACCGAAGGCUUCCAGAAGCGUGAGCUUCUCGAGCCGGCCAACCGUUACCGAUUGGCCCUUGCCUUUUUCAUGUUCUUGGGUCAACAGUGCACGGGUAUGACGGCGCUUGCUUACUUCGGUCCCCAAUUCUUCAAGUUGAUCGUGGGAGACAACACCGACCAAUCACUUCUCAUCACUGGCCUAUUUGGAGCUGAAAAGUUCAUUACCGUCGGCAUUUAUAUCCUGUUCUUUUCUGAAAUGUGGGGACGCAAGCCGACUCUCUGGAUCUCUGCUCUAUUGAUGGCAUGCUGCUUCAUCAUUGUCACUGUUGUCAAGGAGACUACACCUGCACCAAAUUCCAAGACAACUCCAGCCGGAAUCGGAAUGGUAGCUAUGAUCUUCUUGACCAACUCGAUCUACCAAUUUAGUUGGGGACCAUUGCCAUGGCCUUACACCGCCGAGAUCUUCCCUACACGCAUUCGCGCGGUUGGAACCUCGGUCGCAGUAUCAACGCAGUGGCUGUUCAAUUUCCUCUUCUCGCUGGUGACUCGCUAUAUGAUGAACGCAUGGGGUAGCUAUGUCUUUAUAUUCUAUGCUGCACUUGACAUCAUUAUGGCUAUAAUUGUCUUCUUCUUCGUCAAGGAGACAAAAGGAAAGAGUCUGGAAGAGAUGGAAAGUAUCUUCAACAGCAGGGCUGCAUUUGAUGUAGAUGCUGUGCGGCGGGAAACGCUCAAGGACGUGGAUGAAGUGAAUGUACAAAACAAAUCCGCGGAUUAUCCUUGA